UUGGACAUUGCGAGGGACCUUUCCUUUCUUCCUUCACCUACCCGAACAUCACCCCACACGGACGCUUGAUCUCCACGUCCCGGGCCACACAGGAACAGAACAGGCAGGAUGAAGCACAACAACGUUUUACCCAAUGCGCACUUCCGCAAGGACUGGCAACUCCACGUCCGCACGUGGUUCGACCAGCCCGGUAAGAAGAAGUCGAGGAGAGUCCACAGGAUCAAGAAGGCUGCCCAGAUUGCCCCUCGUCCCGUUGAUGGUCUUCUUCGUCCUGCUGUCCGCGGUCAGACCGUCAAGUACAACAUGAAGUUGAGGGCUGGUCGCGGUUUUACCUUGGAAGAGCUCAAGGCAGCUGGCAUCCGUCGCAAGGAAGCCCGCACCAUUGGUAUCGCCGUAGACCACCGCCGGAAGAACCGAUCUGUCGAAGGUCUUGAAGCGAACGUCCAGCGUUUGAAGGAGUACUCUGCACGACUCAUCGUCUUCCCCAAGAAGGCGAACAAGCCCAAGAAGGGUGAUGCUGAUGCCGCCACUGUUGCCGCUGCCACUCAAUUGCGUGGUCCUGUGCUCCCUAUUGUCCAACCUGAGAACACCGACAUUGAGAGGCCCAUCGGCGAGGCUCCCAAGGUCCAGGCAUACGCUACCCUCCGCAAAGCUCGUUCUGACAAGCGCCUUAAGGGUGUCCGGGAGGCUCGUGCUAAGGCUGCGGCAGAGGAGGAGAAGGCCAAGAAAUAGAAUUAAUAGCCUUUUCUUUGGUGCAUAUUGUGGUUCAAUAUUUGAGCAUUUGAGGAACAUUUGUUGUGAGGUAUCUGUUUUAUAUGGCUUAUCACAUAUCAUGACGCUUCGUCGUCUGAUGUGAAUGAUGACUGUGAAUGUGCAAAAGGGAUUCUGUAAAUUGGCAUACAAGUGAAUCGCUCCAGGGCGCCAGUUUGAUGGUAAUGUCUGUCUGGCAGUAGCGACUUCGCAGGUCAUUGCCAAUGUUAUUUGUAGUUUGGGUCUAAAGGCAAACGCUGACACAAUGAUGAGAGUGCCACGUGAUCACUGAAACGGGA